UAAGAAUAAAAAUGGACGCCGGCGACACCUUUAAUAUAUUAUAUAAUUUAAAAAGUGUUACACCCCUGGACAUUUCGAACGAAGAGCUGAGUAGUGUAUCAUAUGACAUCGAUGACGAUACCAUCACAUUUGUGUCGUCAUUUGCUGGUAGAGGUUUAUGUGAUAUUUUAAAUGAAUCUCAUAAGGGGAAAUGUAUCCAAGAAUAUUAUAAACAAAAUUUCACGUUGGACAAAAUUCAUCGUGAUUAUUUAGUCUCGAUAAUUCUGGAAGACGUACAUUACAACGGCCAGUGUUUAGCACCGAAAGAUUAUCCCUUUAUUUUGAAUAAAUAUGUAAAAUGUACAAGAGCUCCAUCAGAUGAAAAAAUUUGGCCUAAAUAUCAUUCUGAACCCUGGCUUAUUGUUGAAGAAAAGUGGAAUGCAACAGUGAAUCAGAGAAAGGCAGAAUUUAACUCCUGUGAUCAAACAAACAUAACUUCACUGUUAGCUGGAUGGCCAGCCUACAUGAAAGAAAAUGGCCAGAGACUGAUUGAUAUUGAUUUCGAUUCGCAAUUCACUGGAAGAAUUAACAAAUUGCAUGAAAAGUGGGGAGAUUUCGUGGUCCAGAUUAUUCCAUACUUUAAGAAAAACAUCAAGGACAAACCUAGUUUAGAAUUAUUAAAAGGACUUCAAAAUCAAGACCUAAACGUUGGUAAGUAA